AUAAUAAUAAUAAUAAUAAUAUAAAUCAGCCAUCAUUAUGGUGGUUUUUAAUGGUUUAUUAAAGAUCAAGAUAUGUGAGGCUCUGGCCCUCAAGCCCACUGCUUGGUCACUGAGGCACGCUGUCGGACAGAGGACGCAGACGUUUCUUUUGGACACUUAUAUCGCCCUGAAUGUGGACGAGUCGCGGGUCGGGCAGACAUCGACCAAACAGAAGACCAACAGCCCCGCCUGGAACGAUGAGUUUGUCACCGAGGUCCGGGCUGGGAGGAAGAUCGAGCUGUCGGUGUUUCACGAUGCUCCUAUCGGAUACGAUGACUUCGUGGCCAACUGCAUCAUCCAGUUUGAGGACCUUCUGCAGAACGGCAGCAAGCACUUCGAGGACUGGAUAGACCUGGAGCCCGAAGGAAGAGUGUAUGUUAUUAUUGACCUCUCCGGAUCCUCCAGUGAAGCUGCCGCCGCCUCCAAGGAGAAUGAGGAGCGGGUGUUUCGGGAGCGCAUGCGGCCCCGGAAACGGCAAGGUGCAGUGCGCCGUCGUGUGCACCAGGUCAACGGGCACAAGUUCAUGGCUACCUACCUGCGACAGCCCACCUACUGCUCACACUGCCGAGACUUCAUCUGGGGAGUAAUAGGGAAGCAAGGUUAUCAGUGUCAAGUUUGUACCUGCGUAGUGCACAAAAGGUGUCACGAGCUUAUUAUAACAAAGUGUGCUGGUCUAAAGAAACAAGAAGCAACACCGGAUGAGGUGGGCGCUCAGCGGUUCAGUGUUAACAUGCCUCACAAGUUCAGCAAUCACAACUACAAAGUCCCCACGUUCUGUGACCACUGCGGCUCCCUGCUGUGGGGGCUGAUGAGGCAAGGCCUGCAGUGUAAAGUGUGCAAGAUGAAUGUACACAGACGCUGUGAAUCCAACGUGGCUCCCAACUGCGGGGUGGAUGCGAGAGGAAUCGCCAAAGUGUUAGCAGACCUGGGAGUCACUCCCGAUAAGAUCACCAACAGCGGCCAGAGGAGGAAAAAGUUGAACCCCGCAGCGGACACCCAGCAGACAGUUUCAGGAUCCUCCCAGUCUGAGGAGGACCGCUCCAAAUCGGCCCCCGCGUCCCCCUCCGAUCAGGCAAUAAAAGAACUUGAAAACAACAUUAGAAAAGCGCUUUCAUUCGAUAACCGAGAUGAAGAGAACAAGACAGCAGCCUCCGGGUCAACAGACAGCCAGGGGAGGGGGGUGGAGAACCGGGAGAACGGGGAGCUCAGAACCCUGCAGACCAAGCGCAUGAACCUGGAGGACUUCCUCUUCAUCAAAGUGUUAGGCAAAGGCAGCUUCGGAAAGGUCAUGCUGGCAGAGUUGAAAGGCACAGACGAAGUGUAUGCCGUGAAGGUCCUUAAAAAAGACGUCAUCCUUCAGGACGAUGAUGUAGACUGCACGAUGACGGAGAAGAGGAUCCUGGCACUCGCGCGGAGACACCCUUACCUGACCCAGCUCUUCUGCUGCUUCCAGACCAAGGACCGGCUUUUCUUUGUCAUGGAGUAUGUGAACGGAGGAGACCUCAUGUUCCAGAUCCAGCGCUCCCGCAAGUUCGACGAAGCCCGCUCCCGCUUCUAUGCAGCCGAGGUCACAUCAGCGCUUAUGUUUCUCCACCAACAUGGCGUCAUCUACAGAGAUUUAAAACUAGACAACAUUCUCCUAGACGCUGAAGGACACUGCAAGCUGGCUGACUUCGGCAUGUGCAAGGAGGGGAUUCUGAAUGGAGUAACGACUACGACAUUCUGUGGAACACCUGACUACAUCGCCCCAGAGAUCCUGCAGGAGCUGGAGUAUGGCCCCUCGGUGGACUGGUGGGCUCUGGGGGUGCUGAUGUACGAGAUGAUGGCAGGGCAGCCCCCCUUUGAGGCAGACAACGAGGACGACCUGUUUGAGUCCAUCCUUCAUGACGACGUGCUCUACCCUGUGUGGCUGAGCAAGGAGGCUGUCAGCAUCCUCAAAGCGUUCAUGACUAAGAGCCCCAAUAAGCGCCUGGGCUGCGUGGUGUCGCAAGGUGGGGAAGAAUCCAUCAAGCAGCAUCCAUUUUUCAAAGAAAUCGACUGGGUCAUGCUGGAACAAAGGAAAACCAAGCCUCCUUUCAAACCUCGAAUCAAAACCAAAAGGGAUGUAAACAACUUCGACCAGGACUUCACGCGCGAGGAGCCUGUGUUGACGCUGGUGGAGGACGCCAUCAUCAAGCAGAUCAACCAGGAUGAAUUCAAAGGAUUCUCGUACUUCGGGGAGGAGCCCAUGCCCUAAGACACAGAGCCAUUGCCACCGGGCCAUCAGCUGCUCCUGUGAGAGUCCAGCAGUGAAGAGUAAAACAAGAGCAAGCUGAAACGAUCAACUAGUCAAGUAUUAAGCUUCUACCGUGAAACUCCACUCCACUCACCAGAUCAAUGGGGUUAUUAGGGGUUCCACUUUCAGGCUUGUGAAGCACUCCAUUGUUACUGUGUUUCAACAGUGGUUAAAGGACUAUCUAUCUCUCUGUUUUUCUCCCUUUCUUUCUUUCUCACGCUUUUUGUUGCAAACUAAGUUUUGCAGACGUAACACACUGCCAUAGACAAAUAAGUGACUGAAGAAGCAGUCCAAUAGCAUCUAUUGCUUGGCAGAGCCGGUCUGGCUAGCUGCAUGCAGUAGCUGCUCCUGUUUUCUGUUCUGAUGGUUACAGCAGAGUCACUUACAAUAAGGAUGCAGUACAGUAGCAGUGCCACUGUCUGGGUCUUCUCUACCUGGGAGCUGUUGCACCACCACAGUCAUUUCUUUUUCCUUAGUGAUGCAUGAACCUUACAUAUAGUGACCAGUCUUCUGUAGUGAAGGUUUGUGUCCAGGCUAGUUUAACUACAGUCUGAGACCAACCAUACCACCAUCUGUUGGUUCUGAAGCUAAGCAAAAUCCUUGUGUUUGCACUGUUGCUUGAGUUCCAGUUAGACUAAAAAAAUAAAUAAAAAAAAAGCUUGUAGCCUUUGAAAUGUUUUUGCCUUGAAAUAGAUGUUUUACUUAGUAGACUUCCAUUAAAACAUGGAAGUGAAUGUAUGUAAGGCAUUUUAAUUGAAAAUUGGGUGAAAUAGGGUAAAGGUUUGGAGGCAAAGGUGACUGAAAGCUCAUAGAAAGUAGUAUUUAUUAUUAUUCUCUCCAGUGAUCUAGGAGUACACCUGCUGCAGAGCAGCAUGCAACAGGUAGUUGCUAGUAUUGGACUGUACCUUCGUAGUGUACAGUGUUAAUGGGUCAAAAUCAACUAAGAACAGGACUCAUACACACAAUACUGUGCAACAAGACAUUCUUUUGUUGUACAGCGUUGCACCGGAAUCCUUUGUUUUGAUUGUGUUUUCCUUUGCGGUGUGUUACUCUUGCACGAUUAUGUAAACUCAUUUGAUUGUCCUACUGGCCUUUUUAAUUUCAAUAGAUUUUUUACAUGAUACUUUUGCGUUAAGAAUAAUACAGUCAAGAUGGACCUUCAUGAUGUAUUGCAUUAACAGAGCAGGACGAGAACAUCUGUCCGGAAUGCACCACCUUAACCACAUUGAUUAAACAAAUAAAGAAAAACAAAUUGGAACUCCGUGUAGCAACAACAGCAACGAAAAUGUGACUAUCUGAGUCUGACUGUAUCAUACAACGUAGACGUAUAUCUAGAGGAUUGAUGAUCAAAUUUUACAGAACUGACAAUUAUAUCGGUGUAGAUAUUUGCCUUUGUUUGAUGGGUUGGGGUAACUUUACAUCUGUCCACAACAGUUACCUACUGUAGAUAUGCUAACAGUGUUAUUGUAGUUUAUUUCAAAAUAUUGUGUGAUUUUGUGUGUGUGUGUGCGCCUGUGUACAAGUGCUCCUCAAAAUCUUUUUAUGUUGUUUGUUUAGAUUUUUUUUUUUUUUUUUUUUUUUUUUUUUUACUGGACUGUGUGGCGCACCAGAAGUCUGUUUUACCCGACCUACAUAUGGAUUUCCUGCUGCACAACCAGAAGUUUGAGUGGAAAAAGUAGAGCUAAAAGGAGCCUUUUGCCUUCUCUGCAGGUGAUACUUUGUAUAUAAUGUUUGCUGCAAGGCCUGUGGAGUUCCUUUGAACAUAAAGGUAUCAAUCGCUGCAUGUUCAGGCAUAGUAUAUUAUACAUUAGUCUAUGAAAAAAAAGAUAUUAUGUCCAUGUGCAAUACUAUGUAUGUGUAUUUAGUAUUUGUAUUUUAUGUCAGAAUAUGUUGUGUCAUGAACAUUGUAUACCAUAUAUAUUAACCUCUACUGGACCUCUUGUGUGUGUGUGUGUGUGUG